AUGCGAGUUCAAACUAUUGUCCCAUUUCUGACAGCUUUGCUAUCAACAACAGUAUCCAGCGCCUUUUCACCAAAUCCAAAAAUAUCACUGGACUAUAUUACUCUUGCUGGAAAUUAUUCAUCCGAAUAUAAUAUAACUUAUUUCCGGAAAAUUCCUUUCGCAGCCCCUCCUCUCCCGCCGACAAACCGUUUUCGGGCACCUCAACUUCCACUCAUUCAUGACAAAAAUGACCUUUACAACACCGACCAGGAUUUGAAUAUGUGUCCACAGCGGACCGUCAAUGGAUCUGAAGAUUGCUUAUAUUUAGGGGUCUACUCGCGUCCAUGGGACUCGGGGACAUCAGCUCGGAAAAGUAACGGACGCCCUGUUCUAGUGAAUUUCUACGGAGGAGCUUUUAUAGAAGGAUCUGCAUCAUGGAAAAUCCCACCUCCACUAUACCCAGUCCUAAAUGUUUCCGAUAUCAAUGAUUUCGUAAUUGUCGAACCGAAUUAUCGCCUCAACGCAUUUGGCUUUUUGCCAGGCAAGGAGAUUAAAAAUUCGAGAACGGCGGAUCUAAAUGUGGGUUUACUUGACCAACAGUUUGCAAUUGAGUGGGUGAAAAGAAAUAUCCAUCAUUUCGGCGGUAAUCCGAAUAAUAUCUCUAUCUGGGGACAGAGUGCGGGUGCAGGGAGCGUCGUUGGCCAGAUUCUAGCGAGCAGUCAGGCGGGUCUCUUUUUGUUCAACAAGGCUACCACGUCCUCGCCUUUUUGGCCGAAGACUUAUCAGUACGACGAUCCAGAGGCUGAAGCCAUUUAUGACCAACUAGUCUCGUUGACAGGCUGCGGACAGGCUAAGGACAGUCUCGUAUGCCUCAAGGAGGUGGACGUUCAAACAAUUCGGAAUGCCAGCCUUAUUAUUGAUUCGGAUCAUACUUAUACGACCAGCUCAUAUACAUGGGCACCAGUCAUUGACAAUGAAUUUCUCAAGGAAUCUCUAACUACGACUAUAAAAAACCGUAAUGUGAACAUUGACUUCAUAUACGGGGUUUACAACGCUCACGAGGGCGAGAAUUUCAUUCCACCAGGACUGCAAAACAUCAGCACAGUGAAUGAAUAUAACUCUUCUUUGGCAAGUUACGACACCUGGCUGAGGGGGUUCUUACCUAGAUUCACAGAGGCCCAGUUAGGAGAGGUCAAUCGGUUGUAUCCAGCAGUGGGCUCGGCAGAGACGAUAGCUACGUAUAAUACUACGUACGAAAGGGCGCAGCUGAUAUAUCGUGAUUUGGUUCUUGCAUGUCCUUCAUAUUGGCUGUCGAGCUCGGCGAAGAUCCAGGGAUGGUUGUCAGAGUAUGCAAUACCUCCCGCCAAGCAUGGGAGUGAUACUAUCUAUUGGAAUCAGAUAAAUGCAGUUCAAAAAACCGAUCCUCUCAUUUAUGAGGCAUACGCUGGUGCAUUUGCCAGCUUCUUCCAAACUGGGGAUCCAAACUGUAAUAAAUUGACCACCGACGCAAUCGCAGGAGUUCCUGUAAUGCAACACUCCGGCGAAGAGUUUGUCGUUGGAACAGAAUUGUUACAGCAAGUAAAACUCGAGCAGCUGACAGCACGCUGCGCCUUUUGGCUAAGAAAUGGUAGAUCAGUGCCCAUUUAA